AGAUUUAAAUGCGCAUGCGCAGUGUAGCAGAAGUAUUGAAGGGAACGUUCAGCAGUCAGGCGAAUUUUCGCUAAAUUUGCGGAUAAUUUAAUGUUGACACAACGUCCUGGCCACUAAAGAAGAGUCGGGAGGUCUUGUAGGGACGAUUAGUCCCCGCAUUGGCCAUCUACAUAAAACUUUAAAGCAGGAAUCUCGCUUAAUUCACGAACGAGAUGAGAAUGAUGAAGACGUUUGUCCGAUUAUGUUUCCAAGUGUUCAUAAUCUAUGCAACGACAGAAAAAGAUCGAUCGAUGCCAAUUUAUCAUUUAUGAUAGCGUAGAAAGCGGACACCGCAAAACUGUUGCAAUACUAAUCAACUAGCAAAAUUUAAAGCCAAUUCUGCACUAUGGACAGGCUAUAUUGAAAAAUAAUCGAAAGAUGCUAAAGAAACUCGGAGGCAACCCGCGGAGUAGCUAGAUCCGCUCUUCGUCAGAUAAGGCCAGUUGUCUUUUAGGCCUUGUCUAUUCAGAAAUUAUAGUUACGACAAUUAUGUCUGUAUAAGUUGUUCAUUGUCAUAGCCUUGGUACUAGGCCUUCCGUAGCGUUCAUUCAAUUUUAUUUUGCAAGGUCCAUAUGCUUUGGGAGGAUUUUUUUCAUUUUUUUGUUAUUGACUUUUGUUAAACUUCUCUAUUAUUCAUUUGUACUUUUUUAAACAAUGACCUCGACUACCAGUACAAUAUAUAGUAUAACUAAUACGGGUUUUAAAAUGCUAAUUACUACAGGUGCCGGUAGCUCAGAAGGUAUGCCUGCAUUAAAUAGAAGCUUUAAUCCCGUUCCCGAAGAAUUGUGCCCCAUUUGUGGAGAUAAGACUUCUGGCUACCAUUACGGCCUCCAAACUUGUGAGAGCUGCAAAGGCUUUUUCAAGAGAACUGUCCAGAAUAAAAAAGUCUAUUCGUGCGUUGAUAAUCAGAACUGCCCGAUUGACAAGACUCAGAGAAAACGAUGCCCCUACUGCAGAUUUCAAAAGUGCCUAAAUGUUGGAAUGAAAUUGGAGGCUGUGCGAGCCGAUAGGAUGAGAGGUGGAAGAAACAAAUUUGGUCCUAUGUAUAAAAGAGAUAGAGCUUUAAAGCAACAGGCAUUACGUCAGCGCCAACAGCUCAUGUACGUUCAACAUUCAACGCCCAUGGAUCAAGCUAGCACUCCAGAUAUUAAACCAGAUGUAUCCAGGCUCUAUCCUCCCGUUCCAACAAAUAUGGCAUCAGGACCAACGUCCGCCUCGUUCUACGAAUCAUCCGCAAAUUUCUCCCCUACUGGUUAUCAGCCUCCCGACAUAACCGACCUACGAAUGCCGUCGCCAAACGUACCUGAGAUAGUUCGAACUUUAACUCAGGCUUGUUCAACGUGUGACGGUGAAGAAUUGAAAAUUAGACUUGCCAACACAAUUGAACAGGAAAUGAUGAAAUGGGUUUCAUCAAGCUCCUAUCCACCUUUCGUCAAUGAGCAAAAUGACUUAAGUUGCGAAAUAUUACACCUGUUGUGCAGGCUUGCCGAUUUGAGUUUAUUUCAUUUAGUUGAAUGGGCAAGACAAGCCAUCUUCUUCCGAGAUUUACAAAUCGAUGAUCAAAUGAAGCUUUUACAGACCGCUUGGUCUCAAUUACUUGUCCUUCAUUUCCUCUAUCGUCAGAUUCAAGCCGACAAGCAAGACGAACUCAUACUAGUACAUGGUCACUCGAUUUCAUUCGAUUUCAUCCGGCGGGUAGGUUUAACAGACUGGAUCGCUAUUUUAACAAAUACUACAAAGAAGCUUAGAGCCUUGAACAUUGACGAACAAGAUCUCGCUUGUAUUAGAUAUUUAGUACUCUUAGAGCCUGACGUUGCUGUUACAGAUGAAGCUAAAAUAAAGAUAGAAAAUUGGCAGGACCAAGUUAGCAGAGGAUUACAAGAAUACACAAUUAGUUGUUACUUCCAUGCCCACGAUAAAUAUCAGAAAUUAAUCCUCAUGCUACCUGAACUUAAGCAACUGGCCGUUAGAUGUGAGAACUACUUGUAUAAGCGUCAUCUAGAUGGUGAUGUUAAAGAACACAACUUGCUUAUGGAAAUGUUGCACUCUCAGAGAAAUUGAUCUGUGAAAAAUAGAAGAAAUUAUGUCUUUCUGAAUGGGUGAGAGAGUGCUCUUAAGAGUUUUUUCCUUUAUUUUGUGCCAUUUAUUUUUUUCAAUUAUCCGAUCCGUUUUGUUAUUUUAUGUACUCUUAUGUUAAUUAUGUUUUAUUUUUUUGUCAUUUUUUAAUUGUCAACACAUACUUUACAUAAGUCAUUUUUAUUAAAUACUGCCAUGUUUAAGCGGCUGUCGUAUCUCAUGGAUAAUGUUUUUGUUUUUUCUUUUUUUUCGCUAAAAAACAGUGGCCAUAUGUAUUUAGGUAUAUUCGUAUAUAUUCCCACAUAUAUCAAAUCUACUUUCACAUUAAAUAAAAAAACGUAUUAUAAACAAUAACA